AUGUCGAUGGCUAUCUUUGCAGCAUGCACAGCCUGCGAUCAUUGGCGUUGUACCAACUGCAUUUAUACCUGUCUCCCAAAGUCAACGCCGGAUCAGAACUUUGAGCGUAAUUCGAGGUCUGUACCGCGGCCAGAGGAAAACCUUUUACCAUCACAUCAGACAACACCAGUGCCUUUGAGUGAAGAGAGCCGUGAACCGACAGCCAGGAUUCAAAAUCGUGCAAUCACAGACUUGGAUCUCUUUGCAAGACAGUUUUCCAACCCAGCGUUCAUUGCGAGAGAUCAUACGCCCACCAAUUUUAUAGCCAAUGGCAACAUGGCACCAGUUCCAGAAUCAUCCGCAUCCAGGGUAACUCAGGCACGGCCUCAUCUUGGAAGCACGAGGUCUCACGAUAAGCUCUCAGUCUCUGUCACACCAUCAUUAGAACCAUCUCCGGAACUGCCACAUGACUCCAUGGAACACCUCAUUCCAUUGUUUGGUCAAGCUCUACUUGAAAAGUCUGGGGCUUGUGUAUGGGCGGGAUUUGCAAUUGAAAAGUAUUCCACAGACUUCCUCAGGGCGACAAUGGGAGCUAUAUUGGGGACUUACUCAGACGAGCUCCAGUCCUCCACACUGUUAACGCCCAUGAACGAAAUUGUGGAAGCGGCCGAUUUCAUUCGCAAGGUUCAACUCAAGAUUAUUCACUUCAUUCACAAGAAGUUGACCUCCUUUCCGCUAGCAUCGACUUCAACGACUUUGCCCUUUCACGAGUUCAGCGAACAUGAGUCACUCUCUGACACAUUUGAUUUACUCUACCAGAGUGAUCCUCAUGAAAUAGUCGAUGCCGUGAGAGACGAUCACACAUCUGGAAACGAGAUGGAAACAGAAUAUUCUGUUAUGCACGAUUCAAUUCAUUCAUUUCAAGACCUUAUCUCGUGCGAACCUUUCCAGAAUCUAGUGCAAUCCUUUCGUCGAGCGCUUUACUAUGACGAACGCCUAGCUAACAGCUCAAUAGCAAGUCGGAUCCAAGAUUUUUCUCGGAGUGAACCCCAUCAUGCACUCCAGCAUGAUCAGGUCAUCUCAAGGGAGAACCAGGAGCUUUAUUCCGCCCACUUUCACAUGGAUUGGGAUAUUCUGCAGUACCUCGACAACGAAUUUGGCAAUCGCCGACAACGAAUUGGAGAUAUCAUUGUCUUAACAGGAUCUGCAUUGUAUGCCCAUGCAACUACAUGUUCGGAAUAUCUCAGGGUCAAUUGGCCACGUUCUGGCAUGAGGCUCCUCUCGGCUCUACAGAAGGCAGUUUUUGAAGGCCUCACUCCAGCUGGGAAGAUUGAGCAUGUAGACCAUCACGAUUUGGCCCAGGAUGACUCUUCAAUCUCGGUCAAAAUUUCUGAGCGAUACAGUGAGGCACCAGCUUCCAUCGUACAGGUACAUUGCCUUGCAACGAAGCAAAUGCUCGUCGAAAUUGCUCAACAAUUAUCUUGGAUUGGAGCUGCGUUGAACACUCCACCCUACGAACACAGAGUCGCCUACUGUAAAGCUGCUUUUCAAACCCUCCCACCAGAGGGAGCCUUCCCUUUCGUCAACUUCGCUCUGAAAUUCGAGUUUGACGUUCUACACUCGUCCGAGGAGAUUUGUUGGCUGAGCCACUUCCGUGGAGCGACUAUCGCUCGAGAUUAUCCGAUACCUGCACGCCAAGACGAGAUGGGCUUAGAGGUGUCUCUGGAAGUGAUGGCAGCGAUAGUGGGUGCCAGCCACGUGGUGGAAUAUCAAGGUGGUGUGGUUCUGAAGGGAUUUUCCAGUAUGCUCUUACCAAUCAGGUGCAAUGGUGAUAUUGUACAGUGGCAUCUUGUCGGUAACCCGGAUUUUGAGCACCGGCUGUCAUAUCAUAAGGCACUCACCCUCUGCAAGAGCCGAGCAUAUCUGAACGAGGUAAAUCUUGAAACCGCACGACAAGCAAGAGCGAUUGUCGGAUGGCAUCCUAAGGUCCACUCCCUGCUAGGAUCCGACGAAGCUAAAUACGAAAACAUCUCAUACUCGAAGGCUCAAGGCAUUCAGUCUUCGCUGAAAUUCACAGGAGCUGGUUUGGGCUUCCAACAAAUCGGAUUGGCCGAACUCAACUUUGCCUUAGGACCUAAAGCUGACAAGUGUCACAUCGAACGCGCUGGCCCGUAUAAUAGAAUAGUCUCAAUGGCAGAAAGGACCCCGAUCGUCCUUUACGACACUAUCGAGAGAAGAGCUUGGCUUGUUCCGACAUCCGAGGUCAUUCUCCACCUGGCACAUAGUCGAAACCAAGACGAGCCAUUCGAAAUUAAUGGGCAGCCAGUUAAGUUGUUCUCAGCCGAACCAUCAGGAUUAUGUGCCAAAGAGGCACUGUUAAGAGGAGCAUCUGUCGAUCUGUCAGACUGUGAGACAUACACAUUCAGAGACCUGGUGCGGAGACUAUGGUCUAUUCUCGAAUUCUUGCUGGACCAAAAUGUGACAGAAGAUCAAGCAGCUGGCAUGACGGUGCCCACCAAUUUAAAGGAGACCAUUCAGGGUUUUGAAUUCAAAGCUGUCGUUGAAGAGCAAUCACCCCUUCGGAGAAAACAAUGGACCAUUGACAAAACAACAAGUGGCGGUUGGCCUGCCCUAAUCCGUGAAAGUGACGCCUUGGUGCUAUUUGCAAGCGGACUGGGGGACAUUAUCAAACCAUUUUCCGAAGAUGAACAGCCGAUAUGUACGGUUUGGCGCACGGUCCCAAAGUUCAAAGACUACCUUGCAACCAGUGUUAAGGUUCUGAAGCAACUCUAUGAUGUCGCCGGCUCUUCUCUCGAUCGUACGUACUUAACCACCUCACAUUUACAAUGGCAUCGAGGAGACUCUUUCCUGUUCGAACCUUGCAGAACGCUAGCAUCCCAUCCUGUGUAA